AUGGGCGGCGGGUGCCCCCUCGGCAGCGACCCCACGGGGCGGGGCGGCGCAAGGGCGGGCACCGCGAACGACCCGCCCAACCGGCCCUCUCGCUCGCCCGGGCGGCCGGAAUGCGGGAAGCAGGCGGACCGCGGGGCGCUUUUACCCCCUCAUCGCUCGGGGAAGCCGGGGCCGCGGCGUUCGGGAACCCUGGCGACGGCCGGACGCGGUUCCAUGGCAGACGCCCCGCGCCUGUGGGUAGGAGAGAGGGUGAGCACGGGAGCUCUCGGCAGCCACAAGGCCCUCGUCGCCGUCCGCCCAAGGGUCCCGCGGUCCCCAGAAACGCCAAAUGUCAACGUCUCCUGGUGGCGGCUGCAGCUGCUUCACCGCCCCUGUCCCCGCGGCGGCUCAUCACCGAGCGCCCCCGCCGUUUGCCUCCUCCGCGGCGCGAGGGCCGCUGGGAAAUGGAGUGCGGAGCUUGGUUGGGGUGAGGGGCGCGGCCCUGCAGGGACUACGACUCCCAGAAUGCACCGCCGGCUCGGGGGCUUUGCUGCAUCUUCCUUCUCGCCCCGUCUGUCUUUGGUCUUUCUCAAGCCAUCGCCUCUGUCCGCCGAGGGUGGAAUGGUGUUUUCUGGAUCCGCGGAGCUGGCAGCCCCUUCUGCCGAGGCGACAGUGAGAUUUCAACCCUUACUCUACACACAAAGUCGUUUUGUUUCAAGCUGCGAUUGACCAAGAUCUGCAGGAGACAAAUACCAUUGGUACCUG